CAUGUGCUGAAGGAGGGGAAGAGAGAGAGAGAGAGAACCACCGUGACUCAAAAAAGGGGGAAAAAUCGAUCAUGUCAGCUCCACUGAUCUGUACAACACACGUAGGAACGAGGGAAGAGCGACAUGAGAAUUUGGCCUUUUCACAACAGCAACCCCAAACAACGCAGGAAUAGCAGCAGCAACUUUGCAACUGAUGCGUUGUCUCCGUGUCUGCGCAUCAUGCUUUGGUAGUGGCGUUGCGAGGAUGACGCGAUAAGCACGCAUCAAGAAAGCAACUUAUCCUAUUGAUAACUUUUGCCAGUGAAGGAAGCGGAGGACAGUAGCCACGGACGACAUUAGAUAAUUGCUUUUGUUCCAGCCUCAGAUUGUGACUGACCGAUGAGCAGAGCAGGACAUAUCUUGUGAGCCACUGGUUUUUCACGGGCUUGGAUUUCUAUCGCGCGGCUGCAACAUUGUGAUAUUUUGAGUUUCUUCUGGAGGAACAAGAAGUGGUUGCUUGACUGAAACAUUGUAUCUCACAAAACAGACCUGAAACGUUGAGUUGAAUGGACAUCGUUAUGCGCGCACAUGUGGAGUAAAAAGAUAUUGAUUUGGAUGACCCGUAAAUUGAAGGACGGUAGCGGAAUGGAUGGGUGAGAGUUAUAUUUACGACGACUAAAGUUUUAGAAAGUAUGCCAUGCCGGAAAGGAAUGGAUUUAAAGGACAAACGACUGUAGGCCUAUACUUGGCGUCAAUGAAUAUCCAACAAUAUAUGACGAGUGUCGCGCAAUGUGUUCAAAUAAGGCGUUUAUCAAUUACAGUCAUUGAAGAAAAUGGAUUUUAAUAGUUAUUGGAAGAGCUUGCCGUGCAAAAGGAGAGCAACGAGCUGAGUCAAACUGUGAAUUAACAGAAUUGAUGAACCUUCAUUGGAACAUAAUCUAAUUUAACCCCAUAGACACUGCUGCAUCUGCUUGGACUUCUCACUAGUGUUCUCACGAAUGGGAAUGUAUACAUUGUACAUCUUCAACUGAAGACGAACAACUGCAGCUGGGAGCACCUGGAAUUUGAAUGUGGACUGGAAACAAACCUCGUGCAAGUUGAAGAGCACCAUGUCCAUUUAAACAGCAACCAGAAACACAUGAUUGUACUUGUAUCAGUAUAAGUUACAGACAACAACGCGACGAAUUAUAUAGACUCUGCCCAUAAUGGACAAGAACUAUUUAGCUUUUCAAAUGGAGUUGACAUUUAUGGUUGUUGCCCUCUUAUCUUGGGUCGCGGUAUGGGCUGACGAUAGCAAGAUUAUAUCAGACAGAUAUGCAGUCUACUGGAACAGCACGAACCCAAGGUUUCUCCAUGGGGAGUACACCGUGGAGGUGGCCAUCAACGACUACCUGGACAUCUACUGCCCCCACUACGAGGACCCGCUCCCCCUGGAGCGCAUGGAGCGUUACAUCCUCUUCAUGGUCAACUACGACGGCUACACCACCUGCGACCACCGCAUGAAGGGCUUCAAGCGCUGGGAGUGCAACCGGCCACAGAGCCCCAACGGACCGCUCAAGUUCUCUGAGAAGUUCCAGCUCUUCACCCCCUUCUCACUAGGCUUCGAGUUCCGGCCGGGUCACGAGUAUUACUAUAUCUCGUCUCCACACCCUAACCUUGUCGGUAAACCCUGCUUGAAGUUGAAAGUCUAUGUCAAGCCCACAAAUGACUCGGUGUAUGAGUCCCCGGAGCCCUUCCUGACAGACGACAGCACCGGUGGCUGUUGCAUGGCCGCCCCUUGCCUAUCCCUUAUGCUAGCAAUGCUGCUCACGCUACUCCUUUCCUGCUCAUAGCAUCCUGGGCCCGCAGGCCGUACCCCCAUUAAACAGGCCCCCACCAGUAUCCCUCCAGCCCCAAUCGACUUCCCCUCAAAUCUGCCACCUCUGACCACCUAUAAAGGGAGAAAGUGACACGACUCCUCCCCAUCUCCCGUCCUCUCCUUCUCCCAUACCGGUCCACUCUCCUCCACCUCUCGACAGGCACCACCUGGACACCGUAAACUCAUACUGCCCCUCCCUCCCUCCCCCACCCACCCAGAACACCUCCUCCCUCCAACUCCUCAGCGGAACCCCUGCUUCAUGACCACUGGCCUCUGACCCUCAGCACACAGCUCAAGUCCAGUGGGCGAUUUAAAGGGAGUAUUCCUGGGACCAGGAAGGAGUCCCUUAAAGACCUUACAAAAACAGCCUCCCAGCUACCGAGGAGCGCUGGGAUGUGCAGGAAGUGGAGGGGGUGGGUUUGAAACUAACUAAAAGGAGGACGAACUCCUCUCCCACCCUUUCUUGAUUGCCGAUGGAUCGACAGUGACCGUUGUCGUCGACAGUGACAUCUUCUCCACUUAUUAAGGACCCUCUCGUGUUCAUCUUCGGACUGUUUGCGUUUCUCUAUGAGUCUUUGUGCUUUGAUAAUGCCCUAUAGUGUCCCACCUGUACAUGUUCAUUCUGUUACAGUGUAUUAUAUCGUAGGAUCUUUCUUUGACUCCUGCAGCGAUAGAUCACAGCUGAGCCGUCGUUCUUUCUCUCUCUAUCUCUCUUCUUCUCUUCUUUCCUCUCUUCUCGUGUGUCUCUGACCAGUCUCUAAUAUCCUGGCAAUUUCUAGCAGUAGCAAUCCAGAGUAGAUAAGGACCUUUUCUGUAAAUCUGCCAAAGACACUUGUUGAAAUUUUAUACGAG